AUGGAAACAGUUCUAGAUCAGUUCAAUAAUGAUAGCUUAGAAACCAUACACGAAGAAGAACCAAUAGUGAAUGAAAAUAAACCGAUUAGAAAGAAAAAGUCUACGGUUAAGAAAGACGAUAGUGUAGAUGUAGAAGAAAAACGUGAACAAUUAUAYAUUUUAGCAGUYCUAGGRACRAUCGAGGUAUACACAGGYAAUAAGAUGAGUMUCGGKGAUGUUAAGAAAUUAUCAGCAAAAGAUGUUGAUAGAUUCUAUAAUAGAUAUCAAGUAAUCAUGGGUGCACAAGUUGCAGGGACAUUAGUCGAUACGACAAUAGAUGCUGCAACUGAGUUAACUAGUUAUAUAUUGCCUAUAGACAAUAAAAAAUCUUUAUCCCGUGAUCUUAAGGAAAAUCAGAUGAUAAGACAAGAGCUUACUAACGCAGCUGGUUAUGCUAUCCUAAAAGGUGGAAGAUUCAUUGCAUUAGCAACAGGAUUAUUUCAAGUAGCUAAACAUAUAGAUCGUAACCAUACUAGUAAUAAAGAAGCAGUAGAAGACAUGGAUAAAAUGUCUGAAAACGAUAGCACACAAAUAGAACAAAUAACUAAGACGCCUGAACAGAAAGUAGAACGCAUUAAGGAUCCUAAGAAGGUAGCAGCAGAUAAACGUUUGGCUGAUUAUCAUAAAAGAGCUAAACGAGCCCUUAAAGCUGAUACUGAUACUGAGGAAAAAGAUAAUGGUGAACAUAAGUGGAUGCCUGAAAUAUCACUAACAACUGCAUUAACAAUGAUGGAGGCUGGUGGAAUUGACUUCGAUCCAUUAACCGAGGAGGGAAAGGCUAAUGUUAAUGAAGAAAUAGAUGGCAAUUUUCUUGAUUAUGAAGAUGUUUAUGAAAAAGAUACUAGUGGUGUAGGUCUAUAUCAGCAAUUAAAAGCAAGGUUUGGAAAGUAUGCYCGUUUUGCUUAUAAUGGUAUAAGAGAUAGGCUUACACGUGUUAAUCCAAAAAAUAAAUUACCUGAAUAUAUGGAGCUCGAUAAUGUCGAUGAAAAGGAAUCAAAUGAGAGAAAUUCAGAAGUGUUGUACAAUGAAAUCUUGAGAAGAUAUCCAGAGUUCGAUUAUGAUGGUGAUUACGAAAAAUUGUUUAAAAACUUCCAAAUAGUAGACGGAAACGAAAUCGAAGUAAGGGCUCCUAAUGGUACAAAAUGGUAUGUUCUAUCUCCCGAUGAUACGAAAAUACCCAAACAGCUUAGGAAAACACUCGGUUGGAGUAGAGAGCAUAUCGAUAGAUAUGAUCAGGGGAAAAAAGAUCUCGAUAUGUACUUUCCUAAUAAUACGAUAACGAGAGAGAAUGGAUUCGACAUAAGAACUAGUAAAGAUCAUUAUGUUGAGGUAUUCGAUCCUAAUAUAGUAAAAGGGAAAAAAGAAGGAGGGUGGUACGGCAUUCUAACUAAGGGUUUUGAGGCUUACUCGGAAAAGAGCUUCGGUAAAAUGACUAAUAGGAUAAAAAGCAAUUUAGGUGAGUCUGCCGAUACCCUUCUAAAGAAUCUUGCAGCAAAGGAAUCAGAGAACGAUCAAGAGCUACAACAUGUGUAUGCAAAGGUCGAAGUAAUAAACCAUAAACAGGAUGAAAUAAACGAUGAGAAAGAAGCUAACAGCGAUAGGUUAUCCAACCUAGGAGAUUUUAUAGAAGAGCAUUAUGAUAGAUUGGUCAAUAACGACCUUUCUGAAGAGGAAAUGGAUAAUGCGUCAUCCAUAUUCGAGUUACAUUAUAACUCACAUGAUCAUAAAGAUGGUACGAUAACGCAGAUAGAAGCCCUACAACAAAGACGUGAUGAAAUAAGAAAAGAAAAUAACAAAUUAAUAGAUACUAACGAACAACUAAAACAGGAAGAAGCUCAGCAUGAAGAUAGAAUACGUGAACUAGUAAAUGAGCGGCAAGAGAUACAAAAUGAAAGAGAAUCGAUAGAGGAAAAAUUACCGUUGAGAGAACGUGUAAAACAGAUAAUAAAACGCCAUGGUUUGACCGUCACUGGUAUUGCUCUAGCUGUUGGCACUAUCAUAGGUGUCAUAAUCAAUAGUUUGAAAGCUGGUUUAACUAGUGUUGCUAAGGGUGUUGGUAAUGGUUUGAAAACUAUUGGUAAGAAAUUAGCACAAAUCCUACCUGGUAUGGUUGGAGCAAUAGCUAGUUUCAUAUUUAGAACAGCUGGAGAGGUUGUUGGCUUCCUUGCUAAGAAUGCAUGGCUCCUUAUAGUAGCUGUCGUUUUGUAUAUCAUAGAAAGGUAUAAAAAGAAAAAAUGA